ACUUUUUAUGUAUGCAGAGAGAGACAGAGACAUAUUAGCUGAAUUUCAAGAAAAAAGGAUGAAAGAGCUUAAAAAGCAAAUGGGCCUGAAAGAGAUAACAGACGAAUCUCUUCUUUGCAAAAAAUCAAAAAGUGAAAGAAUGCUAGUCCAUUUUUAUGACAGGAGAUUCAGGAGGUGCCAGGAAAUGAAUGCAGUUCUUGAGGAAAUUGCACCAAAUUAUCCGAAAAUACAAUUUCUAUGUGCUGAAGCAGUGAAGUUUCCUUUUAUGACAGAAAAACUGGAGAUAGAACAACUGCCGUAUUUAGCCACAUUCUCGGACGGAUACUUUACAGGGGGAAUUAUUGGAUUCCAAGAUAUAGGAGAAGAACAAUUGGACAGAUCUCUUUUAGAGCAGUACAUUCUUCAGUCCAGCCUGUGUGAUAAAAGCCCAGCAGAAACUGUCCAAUAG